AUGGAAACUAUAAACCCCGCUGAUAGACUUAAGAUAGUUUUAGAUCUUAUUCAUAAGCUACCUGAAUUUAAUGGAAGUUCUAAUUUGCUCAAUGAUUUUCUGGACAGGGUAGAUUCACUUGCACAUGUUGUGUCAACUUUUGAUAAUAAUACACAAUCAAUCCUUCUAGGUUAUAUUAAAGACAGAAUUAUUGGGAAAGCAAGGAUUGAGCUACAAAAGCAUGGGAGAUUAGGAGAUUGGAAUCAGAUUCGAGAAAUUUUGAAAACAAAUUUUUCUGAAAAACUUUCUGCAAAUAAACUUUUGGAUCAAAUUAGAACAGCGAGAGUAGAAAAGAAUAUUGAAGAUUUUUAUUCAAAAAUAAAUUAUUUGUUGUCUAGGUUAAAUAAUUCUUACGUCUUUACUGAAAAUGAAAACAAUGAGGCAAUCAUAACAUCAAACAAAAGAAUUGCCCUUGAAGCUUUUAAAGACAACUUACCCGAACCAACAAAAUCAAUCAUAUUAAGCAGAAAUCCUCAAUCUCUUUUUGAAGCUUAUAAAAUUAUAAGCGAAAUCAACCACCUAACUCUUGGUCCAAAUUCGUCAGGUUCGACACAAUAUUUUAGACAGCCGAAUCGAACCAAUAAUUUUAAUGCUUCGAAUAAUUAUAGAAGCAAUAAUAACCCACCCCAAGCGCAUUCAUCAAGAAAUUAUGAAGGUACACAGAGUAGACAAAAUAAUAAUUCAUCAAAUUCUUUACCACGAAACAAUUUUAGGCAAAAUAAUAACAAUGGUCAGAAUAAUAACAGUCAAAAUCAAUUAUGGCUACAAAAUAGCAAUAAUAAUUCACAAAGUAAUCAAACGCGACGUUCAAAUAGAAGUGUACAGCCUAAUAACCAAAACGGUCACGAACCUAUGGACGUUUCUAUGAAUGAAGUUGAUGAAACUCAUAACCAACCUCUAAACCCAAGCCAAAAUUUUCGACCAACUCACGAAAGAAAUUACCUUAUAUAG